UGUUGGAGACCAUGUUUAAAGAUGCUUGAGGAACAAAAUACUAGAAAGUAAUGAGUGUGUUUCAAGGCAAACGACCCCACAUGUGCCUCUGAAAAUUGCUCUAUCUCUCUCUCUCUCUCUCAGAACUGACAUUAAUUGUAAUUGUAAUUGUAAAACCAGCGUUGGGUUUUUCAAUUGAUUUCAAUUCCUCUCAAGCCCCGCAGGCUCAGGCUGGCUUUAUGGCAGAUGGGUCUCGCGUGGACAUUGCUUUCAGCACUACUCUUAGUCUUAACGCAACGACUGACUCCUUCAUGCCCUUUUCUUUAAUCGUUAUUAUGAGUUGUUUUUGGUUUUGGUCCUUUCUUCCUCAUUGGCGUUUGGAUUUUGGAAUCUUCUAGGUGAGUUUGAGAGGCUGGGAAAACAAGUAAGAGACCAUAAAUUUCUUCUUCUUCGAACAGCUGGUUGGUGUUAGGUCAAAACUUGAAGGGGUUGAACUAAUUUUCUGUCUUGAUUUGCUUUCAUCUGUUUUUUUGAGUUCUGGGUGUUUGUGUUUUCUGGGUGGUGUUGUAUUUUGGUGAAGUGGGUAGCUGGAGGCUUCUGUUCAAAGGAAUUCAGAGCAAGCUCAAUUUGUAAAGGGAUUUGUCUAUUUCUUCUCUAUAUUGAUAGUUUGUAACCGUUUCUUCCUGUAGUUUGACAGUGUUCGACUAGUUUAAAACAAUACCCAUUUGUGUAGUGAGUUGUUUUUGUAAGAGAAACCAGUCAACGAGCUACAUUGCCGCUGGUUUAGGAAAUUUGAGCUUUGGGUUUCUAGGGUUCUCUGCUGAUUUCGGUCUUGAACGAGUAAUUUGGCUUGGGUUUUGCUUCAGUUUCUGCUUAUACAAGCUUCUUACAGAAACUACCAAGUGGAAAGAUGGCUUGCGUGAAGCUAGGAUCCAAAAACGAUGCAUUCCAGAGGCAAGGACAGGCCUGGUUCUGCACUAGUGGACUGCCUAGUGAUAUUAUUGUUGAAGUUGGAGAGAUGUCAUUCCAUCUACACAAGUUCCCUCUGCUAUCAAGAAGUGGAGUUAUGGAAAAAAUGGUUGCUGAAGCACCUGAAGAACAAGAGGAACGAGGUGUAAUAAAGAUUCCUGACAUUCCUGGGGGUGCCAAAACAUUUGAACUGGUUGCCAAGUUCUGCUACGGGGUGAAACUUGAACUUACAGCCUCAAAUGUUGUCUACCUACGCUGCGCAGCUGAGCGCCUAGAAAUGACUGAGGAGUAUGGGGAGGGUAAUCUCAUUUCUCAGACUGAGGCCUUCCUGAAUCAAGUUGUUCUCAAAAGCUGGAAGGACUCUCUGAUGGCACUACAGACCUGUGAUGAUAUUCUCCCUCAUGCAGAUGAACUCCAGAUUACUAAAAGAUGUAUCGAGUCACUAGCUAUUAAAGCAUCCACUGACCCAAGUUUAUUUGGGUGGCCAAUUGUAGAGCAUGGAGGACCCAUGCAAAGUCCAGGUGGCAGUGUUUUGUGGAAUGGCAUAAGUACAGGAGCUAGGCCAAAAAAUUCAAGUCUAGAUUGGUGGUAUGAGGAUGCAGCGGCCUUGAGCUUGCCUCUUUACAAGAGGCUAAUUUCUGUCAUGGAAUCACGUGGCAUCAAGCAGGAAAUUAUUGCAGGGUCUGUCACUUCCUAUGCUAAAAGGUACAUUCCUGGUCUAAAUCGGCGUCAAGGUUCUAGUGAAUCGAGUAGUCGAUUGGCGCCAGUGGCUUUGGGGACCCCACCCUCAGAAGAUGAACAAAAACUUUUACUGGAAGAGAUUGAUAGGAUGCUUCCAAUGCAGAAGAGCCUAGUUCCGACUAAGUUGCUUUUUGGUUUGUUACGUACAUCCAUGAUCCUUCGAGUCAAUCCCUCUUGCAUCUCAAACUUAGAGAAAAGGGUGGGCAUGCAGCUUGAUCAAGCCACUUUAGAAGAUCUUUUGAUGCCCAAUUUCUCUUACUCCAUGGAGACACUUUACAAUGUUGAUUGUGUACAAAGGAUUCUUGAGCACUUCCUUGCAGUGGAUCAGAUCACGCAUGGGGGUGCCUCUCCAUGUUCUAUUGAUGAUGAACAACUGAUAGGGUCGCCCUCUUUGCCACCAAUUACCAUGGUCGCAAAGCUGAUAGAUGGGUACCUUGCAGAAGUUGCUCCCGAUGUUAAUUUAAAGCUUCCUAAGUUUCAAGCUCUUGCUGCUGCAGUUCCUGAUUACGCUAGACCUUUGGAUGAUGGUCUUUAUCGUGCCAUAGACAUAUAUCUGAAGUCACACCCAUGGUUGGGAGAAUCUGACAGAGAACAACUAUGUCGACUGAUGGACUGCCAGAAGCUUUCUUUAGAAGCUUGUACCCAUGCUGCACAGAAUGAAAGGCUACCCCUUAGAAUUAUCGUUCAAGUACUCUUUUUUGAGCAGCUUCAGCUCAGGACCUCAAUUGCUGGCUGUUUUCUGGUUUCAGACAAUCUUGAUGGAUCCAGACAGUUGAGAAGUGGGAUUGUUGGAUCUAAUGAAGGAGGUUGGGGAACAGCUGUUAGAGAGAAUCAGGUUUUGAAGGUGGGGAUGGAUAACAUGAGGAUGCGAGUGUCCGAGCUCGAGAAGGAAUGCUCAAACAUGAAGCAGGAAAUCGAGAAAUUGGGGCGAACAAAGGGUUCGAGUGCAUGGGGAAGCGUGUCGAAGAAAUUUGGAUUCAAAUUGAAGUCUCAAAUGUGCAGUGCUCAAGAGGGUUCAGUCAGUAACCAAUAUAAUGGGAAUAGGAAAACAGAGAAGUUGAAGAACAGCCAAGGAAAACAGAAGAGGACUGCUGCAAUUUCAAACGAGUAGAAAGACAUUUUACCACUUUGCUUCUUUAUUUGUUUCACAAUGUCCUUAUUGCUAGUGAUGUUGCUGCUUGUUCUUUCUAAAGAAAAAUAGAAAAGACAAAAGAGGUCAAUUGCUUGCCCCUUUCUUGCAUCUGUCUAUAUUAUUCAUUUUGUUGAUACCAUCCUAUUCAACCCAUUUAUAAGGGGAAAGACAAAUCUCAAUGUUGUAUCUUGGUAUUUAGUUCCAAAACA